AUGAUCCCCACCCCCGACCUAUCGCACCUCACGAAGGUCGAUUACGAUAGAGUGUACGAGCCAGCAGAAGACACUUUCUUGUUUCUCGAUGGACUAGAGCAAGACGCAGAACACAUCAGAUCUCUGCAUCCCACCGUCUGCCUCGAGAUCGGGUCAGGCUCCGGAUGUGUAUCAACAUUUAUGGGCUCGAUCCUCGGCCCCACCGGUGCACUCUACUUGUGCACCGACAUCAACCAGCAUGCAGCACGCUGCACAGUUGCCACAGGUAGACAGAACAAGAUUCCUAUAGACGCUAUCAACUGUUCCCUGACAAGCUCGUUACUGCCACGUCUUCGACAUUCGAUCGACAUUCUCCUCUUCAACCCUCCGUAUGUGCCAACUGAUGGCGAGGAGGCGCUCGAUGCCCAGGCCAGCGGUAACAUCUCUGGUGCGUGGGCGGGUGGCCUCUCAGGCAUGGAGAUAACCAACAAACUCCUGGAGGAAGUCAAUGAUCUUUUGUCGCCGAAGGGGUUGUUCUACUUGGUCGCGUUAAAGCAAAACGACAUUCCCGCUAUAUGUGCUAUGAUGCAAGAUGCAUUUGGGCUGAAAAGCCAGACAAUAAUCCAACGUCGUGCAGGUCGAGAGCACUUGUUCAUUCUUCGGUUCGAAAGGCAAUACGUUGGAUGACAAAGCAUGGUCAAGCUCAAGGCAGGCUGUAUCCGAGAUUACUACUGUACACCAAGUAAAUGAUUGGGAAAUUAUAUGAAAAGACGCUAGAGCAGUUCAGUGUCGAGAGCAAAUGUUCUUGUAGAUGAGUCAUGGAGUCCGUCCAGGCAAGUGUAUGUACUCAUGGCAACCUAGUCGUCCGAACCACCAGUAGUGCGUUUCCUGUGCAUGCUGAAGCGCGAGGGU